AUGAGAGCACUUUCUCAGCCAAAGGUAUCGUUGGUCGAGUUGCCUGUUGAAAUCAUCGACUACCUUGGGUCUUUUCUACCAGUAAUUACAUUGAAAUCACUUCGUCUAACGUGCAAAACCAUGGAGACGGCGGUUAGGGCCAAGGCUUUAGCCAAUCUCUGCCUCUACAUCUUCAAGUCGCCGAAUGACUUUGACAAGGCCUUGAAAAGACUCAUAUCAUUGGCAUCCGGCACUUACAGGAAUCUCUCUGUCGUUCGGAAAGUGUACAUCUGGGGCUUCUGGACCACAUACUCAACAAUCACCAACGUUACUGAAACUCGCCACAAACUGUUCUGGAAGAAGACCAAACUGAUAAAGACCGUUAACCCAGCACCCGUUACAACCCAGCAAUGGCCAUCGGCGUCGGACCUUGACCCCGAACAGCCGAUCGCGCUGUUGGCUAGAAUCCUGAACCUGCUAAGAAACGUGAAAAGGGCAGAAUUUCAGUCCCAUGGUGGCCAGUUCAUGUCCCCUCCAGCAUGGGAGGUCCUAUCUGCCUGGAUAUCGUCCUCCCAUUCUCUGAGCACAAUUCGCAUUGGGUCAUCCGACAUGUUGACCUUCAGAAAUCUACCCCAACUCUUGGACUUGGCCGCGCGGAAACAGCUCAAGACAGAAUGGGACCAUGUAGGCCCCCUCUCUGCAGUCCUCGACUACCUUCAUGAUGUGCAAUCUCGAGGGCACAAGCCUGACGCUUGCGCCGACCGACCGAACCUCCGACUUACAUCCAUACGUGCCACCGAUGGGUCUUGUGCAAGUCUUCGACACUUGUGGCGAUUCCCCCACCUCAGGUCGUUACAUAUCAGAAAUUUCACCGGUGCAGAAACUGUCGACACAAGCCAAUCAGAACUGGACAAAUUCUGGGAGGCUCUUACCGCAGAACGUAUCCAAUUAGAAGAGAUUCAUGCGCCAUAUUCAACUUCAUUUCAGACAUACGUUCAAUCCUAUACCUCGACUCUGAAAAAGGUUCGACUAUCACCGUAUCCAACUAGCCUACAGGCGGAGAUGCUCGCUUGGAGAUGGACGAAGCAGGCCGACAACACUCCAGUACUCUCAGACUAUACCAUCUUCUUAGGCCAUUCCCAAACUCUGGAACACAUCGCGGUAAUUGGAGGGACAUGGUCCUUCAACGAAGAACUAGGAUGGAAUCGGAGAGGACAUCCCCUCAACAGUCUAUCUGGGUUUGUUCGCUUGAAUAACCUUUACCUGGCGAUUCAAGCAUAUCGGACCAAGUUGGACCAAGAGGUGCCAUCUCUUCUACAAUCGGUAACGGAAGUACUUCCCGGGCUGCAGGUCCUUGCGCUGAAAAUCCACUUCGAACGACACAUGCGACCGGCGACAGAGAGCCGCCUACCUCCCGACGGACAAUUGGUUGCCAGAGCCAUCGGUAAUUUUCGAUUCGACAUGAAGCAGUUGCCCUGGACUUCCCGCACUACUGGCGUUGUGACCAUGCGCAAUAGAUAUGGAACGCCUCCAGGAGUCAUUUUGGCCCACAGAUACCUUGGAACCGCAAACAAAAAGUGGAUGAACAUGCUUUGGAAGGGCAAGGUGGAUUGGCAGACCAUGGCAUACGCGUACCAUGUCGAUGAAGGAAACCUACUGGGGGACGAAUUUAUCGACAUGCACCACGAUAGGCCUGGAGGAAGAGGACAUGGACCCACCUAUACCGUUGGCCCUGCCGGUCACCAAAACGCGCCUCGCCAGGCUUCCCUCGUAUCUCUGCCAUUAGCUACGCAUGUUGCAUUGAUCGUCGCAACCGCGGCGCCCUUGCACGCAUGCUUUGGUGGCGAGUUCCUAAUGAAACAGGACGUCCCAGAGUGCACGUGA